AUGUUGUUUUUGGUUGAGGAAUUUGGAAAGGAACUUGGAAAGAAAAAGAAAAAGAGUAAUGUACUAGUUGGACGAUCCUCACAUCUGUUGUCAAAGGCUAUGGAAGAUACUGAAAGACGAAAUAAAAAUGCCCAUCUCAAAUGCUUUCAGGUUGAUUUAUCAUCUUUUCAGUCAAUAUUGAAGUUCAAAGGCUCCUUUCAGCAGUGGCUUAUGGAUUCAGAUCUGCAUUCUUCAGUCCAACUCCUAAUAAACAACGCUGGGAUACUGGCAACAACAUUUAGACUCACUGCUGAAGGCUAUGAUCAGAUGAUGGGUACCAAUUACAUUGGUGCAUUUUCUCUUACCAAAGUUCUAUUACCACUUUUGGAAAACAGCCCCGUUCCUGCCCGGAUUGUUAAUGUCACAUCCUUUACACAUCGGAGUGUGUCUGAUAUACAGGUAGACAAGGAAACUGUUUCUGGAAAGUCUUUCUUGAAAUUCAAAAAAUAUCCAUGUGCUCAUAUCUAUGAGUAUUCUAAAUUGUGCCUACUACUAUUCUCGUAUGAGCUUCAUAGACAUUAUAAGCUUGGUGACAGCUUGAUGUCUGGAUAUUAUUGUCUUUUGGGUCUUCUGCAAUCGCCUGAAAAUGGAGUCCGCUCUAUUCUUGAUGCAGCUCUCGCCCCUCCAGAGAUAUCAGGAGUUUACUUUUUUGGAGGAAACGGUAGGACCGUCAAUUCUUCUGCACUUUCUUACGACACAAAACUUGCGAAGGAACUUUGGGAUACAUCUUGUGAUCUAUUCCUAGAAUUGCAGCUGGGCCUUCAAGGACACUUCCUUUUGAAUAUUUGUAUAUUGUAGGGCUUACCAAAAAGAAAAGAAGAAGAAAAACAACACAUAAUUUAGUGAUUAAUUGUCUUCAUAUAGUUCAAAAGUUGGUGGUGGAAGCUUGCUUGAAGCAAGUAUCUGUUCCUUGUGAUAGACUUGUUCUAUUGAGUACCUUAGAUUGGUUGACUGCAAUAUUUCCUUACAAAAGUAGAAACUUUCUGUUC